UUCUUUUCGUUGCGGGGGGGUUGGGACUCCCUGGGUUCCAGGCGCUGAGGGGAACCCCAGCUGACUCGUUCGCGGCCGGCCGCAGAAGCCCAACGCCCAGGAGGGAGCCGGGUGACGGCGCCGGUCCCACUGCGCUGCCCGCUGCCCCCUCCCCUGCAGCCCUGACUCGAUGGAGGUACAGAGCCUGGCUUCUCAGCUUUGGGAGGGGAGGUGCUGGUGGCUGAAAGGGCGAGGGAAUUUUCCCCGAAAGCCUUUGCCUCGGACCUUUCCCAGCUCUGGCCGGACCCACUUGCCUGCCCCGACUGGCUGCUGGUCGGGCUGCCCCGCCCUUUAAUGGGGAACAUUUGACCGCGACUUUGGUUUUCGGUUGCACUACGCGCAGAGGGUUUUCCCCUUCUGACCCUUUUAUUCCUGUCCCGGGCCGUCUUCGCCAUCCUCCGCUUCCAGCGGAGCAGAUCGCGGGUCCACUUGAAGUGCCCGCGCGGCUCAGCAGUGCGCUCCGCUCUUUCCCUAUCGCUGGCUGCGGGCGAGCCUUAGGAGGCGCCGGGCGUCGUGCGCUCCACCGACGCCGCGCCGGCAGACGGAGAGCUUGGGGUUCGCUUCUGGCAGCACCCCCCGCCCCCUCAAGUUGCAGGCUUCGGGGAAGGCGAGGUCUGAUAGCACAGAGCGACCACAAGUGGACAGAAGUUGGAAUUUCUGCUUUCAUCCUCCAUAUCAUUCGACUCUUCAUUCAUUUUCCUCUUCUAAUUGAAGUAUCCUGGAUGGACAGCUGUUGGAAACCCAAUGCCAUAGCCAGCUCUUCUUCAGUACUUAAGGAUUUAUCCUGGCAUUGAGUAAUGAGAAUUUUGAAACCAUAUUUGAGAAGUACUUGCAUCCAGUGCUACUUGUGUUUACUUCUGAACAGUCAUUUUUUAACUGAGGCUGGCAUUCAUGUCUUCAUUUUGGGCUGUAUCAGUGCAGGUCUUCCUAAAACAGAAGCAACCUGGCAGCACGUAAUAAGUGAUUUGAAAAAAAUUGAAGAUCUUAUUCGAUCUAUACAUAUGGAUGCCACAUUGUAUACUGAAAGUGAUGCUCAUCCCAACUGCAAAGUAACAGCAAUGAAGUGCUUUCUCCUGGAGUUACGUGUCAUUUUGCAAGAGUCCAGAAAUUCAGACAUUAGUGAUACAGUAGAAAACCUUAUCAUCCUUGCAAACAGCAGUUUAUCGUCCAUUGAGUAUAAAACUGAAUCUGGAUGCAAAGAAUGUGAGGAGCUGGAGGAAAAAAAUAUUAACGAAUUUUUGAAGAGUUUUAUACAUAUCGUGCAAAUGUUCAUCAACCCUUCUUGAUUGCAACUGAUCCUUGUCAGCGUUUCUAUUAUUAACAAACAUCUUGCCACUGCUUAGAGGCAGCGAAGCGCUCAGCAUUUCAAAUGUGGUGCCAAAACAAGUUCUUCUAGCAAGAAGAUGCUCAGCAUCCUGGAUCAGAUGAGCUCUUGGAGGACAAAAAAAUGGCAUUGCAUGCAGUGUCCAGGAACUGUCCUCAGACAUAUUUUAUUCAUUUAUUUUUAAUUUAUUAUUGAACUUGUACAUAUUUGUAGCAUAAUGUAAAAUGUUGAAUAAAAUUCUGUACAUAUUUUA